UGCCUUGUCACGAUGCAGCGUUUGCAAAUUUUAGGAUUGUUUAGGAAGAUAGGAAAUACGAAGUGGUUGCCACUUGCAGAUGACGUGCGCAUGCGCUGUUUCUAUUUGCUACAAUGUGGCGGAAACUUUCGUAUUCGCUUAUCUCCUUUGAUGAGAAAGUUUACGACUGCUGUAAAUCCUUUGCCUGUUAUGGAAGAUGAGGUCAAGGAGAGACGUGAAAUUGAUAUAUCAGACGCUGAUGAACGCUUGUAUAAUCACAUCAACGUGAAAGUAAAGGGGUUUGACUAUGCUGUAUUAGACAGUUAUACACAGUUUGUAAUGAAAGCAGGUCGUAUGCUUGGAAUAAGCAUGUCUGGCAAGGUUAAUCUUCCAACUCGAGUACAAAAGUUUACCGUCCUGAAGUCACCAUUUGUACACAAGAAACAUCGUGUUCAAUAUGAGAUGAGAAUACACUCGAGAUUACUGCAGGUGAGAUGGUCUAAAGUUGAAAUGUUCGACACAAAAAUAAAGAUGGACUGAUUGGCUCAUGGCUUUGCUACAUUUCAUUUGUACGUGGUUACAUCACUGUAUAGCAAGUGGUGUAGCACUGCAUCUUAGGGAGCUCU